AUGCCUAUGCAGUACCCGGCGGCGGCUAUGGUAAUGCAGCAUCAAAUGCUGCCUCCUCAACCUUAUGGACCGCCGCCUCCACAACACUAUAUGGCUGCUGCUGCGUACCACCAGUACCAGCAGCAUCACCACAAUCUCCCGCAUGUACAACACACGCAGCAGCAACAACAAAGAGAAGGAUCCAGCGGAGAGAAUAAAACCAUAUGGAUUGGUGACUUGUAUCACUGGAUGGACGAAAAUUAUUUACAUACAUGCUUUGCUUCAACUGGCGAGAUUGCUUCCAUCAAGGUUAUUCGCAAUAAGCAGACAGGUUCGUCUGAGGGCUAUGGAUUUGUGGAAUUUUUUACACAUGCCACAGCUGAGAAAGUUCUACAGAACUAUGGUGGCAUUUUGAUGCCUAACACUGAACAGCCUUUCCGCCUCAAUUGGGCAACAUUUAGCACGGGUGAUAAGCGAUCAGAUAAUGCUCCUGAUCUUUCUAUUUUUGUAGGAGACUUGGCUGCAGAUGUUAGUGAUAGUUUAUUGCACGAAACAUUUGCUAGCAAAUAUCCUUCUGUUAAAGCUGCAAAAGUUGUAUUUGAUGCCAAUACUGGCCGUUCAAAAGGUUAUGGUUUUGUGAGGUUUGGAGAUGAUGGUGAAAGAACACAGGCAAUGACUGAAAUGAAUGGUGUAUAUUGUUCAAGCAGGCCUAUGCGUAUUGGUGCUGCAACUCCCAGAAAGUCCUCUGGUGGAUAUGCAUCAAAUGGUGCCUCUGCCCAAGGCUUCCAAUCAGAUGGUGAUUCCAACAAUACAACAAUUUUUGUUGGGGGGCUUGACCCUAAUGUCACUGAUGAAGAUCUCAAGCUACCUUUCUCUCAGUAUGGUGAAAUAGUGUCUGUUAAAAUACCAGUUGGUAAAGGAUGUGGCUUUGUACAAUUUGCCAACAGAAAUAAUGCUGAAGAGGCAUUGAAGAAGUUGAAUGGAACAGUAAUUGGCAAGCAAACAGUGCGACUUUCUUGGGGUCGCAAUCCAGCAAAUAAACAGUUUAGAGCAGAUUUUGGCAGCCCAUGGAAUGGGGCAUACUAUGGAGGGCAGGUUUAUGAUGGUUACGGGUAUGGUCUGCCACCACCACAUGACCCUAGCAUGUAUGCUGCAGCAGCUGCGGCAUAUGGGGCUUAUCCUAUGUAUGGCAGCCACCAGCAGCAAGUAAGCUGA